AUGGGUGAUACAAACGGUGUUUCCACUGAGGUGGAGCGCUUCGCUAUCGGUAUCUCCUUUGGCAACUCCUGCAGCUCAAUUGCUCGCAUUUCUCCUGAAGGCAAGGCUGAGGUUAUUGCUAACGAGGAGGGAGACCGUCAAAUUCCUUCCGUUCUCUCUUACAUCGAUGGUGAGGAGUAUCACGGUACCCAGGCUAAGGCCCAGCUCGUCCGCAACUCCAAGAACACCGUCGCCUACUUCCGCGACUACCUAGGCAAGGAAUUCAAGGACAUCGACCCUACUCCUUCGCACCAGUCCGCCCACCCCCAGCAAAGCGACUCAACCGUUGCCUUCACCAUUCGCGAUACUGCCAGCGAGACCCCCAACUCUGUCACCGUCUCUGAGAUCACUACCCGUCACCUGCGCCGUCUUAAGCAGUCCGCUACCGACUUCCUAGGUAAGGAUGUCAACUCCGCUGUCAUCACGGUCCCCACCGACUUCACCGAUGCCCAGCGCACCGCUCUCGUUGCUGCCGCCAAGGAAGCCGGCAUUGAAGUUCUCCAGCUCAUCGCUGAGCCUGUCGCCGCCGUUAUGGCCUACGAUGGCCGCCCCGAGGCAACCGUCUCGGACAAGCUGGUUGUCGUCGCCGACCUCGGUGGCACCCGCUCCGACGUUGCUGUCGUUGCUUCUCACGGUGGUAUGUACACCAUCCUCGCCACUGCUCAUGACUACGAGCUGGGUGGUGCCUCCCUGGACCAGAUCAUCAUCGACCACUUCGCCAAGGAGUUCAUGAAGAAGCACAAGACCGACCCCCGUGAGGACGCCCGCGGCCUCGCCAAGCUCAAGCUUGAGGGUGAAGGUACUCGCAAGGCUCUUUCCCUGAGCCCUAACGCCCAGCUCAGCAUCGAGUCCCUCGCUGACGGUAUCGACUACGGUUCCACCAUCAACCGCACUCGCUUUGAGAUGCUCUCCGGCAAGGUCUUUGCUCAGUUCACUGGUCUUAUCGAGCAGGUCGUCAAGAAGGCUGGCCUCGACGUUCUCGACAUCGACGAGGUCAUCUUCUCCGGUGGUGCUUCUCACACCCCUAAGAUCGCCCAGCUUGCCCAGAACAUCUUCCCUGAGAAGACCACCAUCCUGGCUCCCUCCACCUCCGUCUCGGCCCUCAACCCCUCCGAGCUGUCUGCCCGUGGUGCCGCUUUCCAGGCCUCUCUCAUCCAGGAGUUUGACCAAGAAGACAUUGAGCAGUCCAUCCACCCCAUGGUCACUGCUACCCCGCACCUGAGCAAGGCCAUUGGUGUUGAGUUCCAGUCCGCCACCGGGACUACUUUCCAGCCCCUGCUCGCUGCCGAGACCGCUCUGCCCGCUCGCCGCAUCGCUCAGUACAAUGCCCCCAAGGACGGCGGUGACGUCCUCGUCCGCGUCUGCGAGGGUGCCCGCGAGAUCAAGGUCACCAAGCCCGAGCCCAAGGCCAAGCAGGAGAAGCCCGCCGACGACUCCGACUCCGACUUCGACUCGGACGAUGAGGAAGAGGAGGACCACCGCGAGAUUGUUUGGAAGACCGAGAAGCCCGUUGCCGAGCUCGCCGUUAAGGGCGUCAAGGCUGGCGGCAAGGUCGAGGUCAUGGUGCACGUCAACCCCGAUCUGGGUCUCCAGAUCGCCGUCCGCGAGGUCGGUGGCAGCACCGCUGUCCGUGGCGCCAUCAAUGGCUCUGCUUAA